ACGCGGCGCGCGGGCAGGGCCCGGGGCAGGAGCGGCGAACCCCCUGCCUCCCACCGCGCCCUUCACCGGCUCCCGGAACCUUGAGUGCGCGGAACCUCGCUGCUGGAGCGCGGGCGCGGCGGACCCGGAGGGCAAUGGAGCGGGCGCGCGGGCCGCGGGCCGAGGCCGAAGUGCCCGGGGAGGAGGAGGAGGCGGGGGCAGCCAUGGCUGCCGUGGUGGCGGCAGCGGGUGGCGCGGGCCCGGCCGUCCUGCAGGUGGCCGGUCUCUACCGCGGCCUGUGCGCGGUGCGCAGCCGCGCCCUGGGCCUGGGGCUCGUGUCACCCGCGCAGCUGCGCGUGUUCCCGGUGCGCCGCGGCUCGGGCCGGCCCGCGGGGGGCGUCGAAGGCAGCGGGGUCGGGAAAGAGAUCGAGGCUAACCCCUUCUACGACCGCUACCGCGACAAGAUCCAGCAGCUGCGCAGGUCUGACCCAACUGCUUUUGAGUCCCGACUGGAGAAGUGCAGUGAGUUUCGGAAGCAGCCAGUGGGGCACUCCAAGCAAGGUGACUUUAUCAAAUGUGUGGAACAGAAGACAGACACAUUGGGGAAACAGCGUAUGAGCAGAGGAUUCACCAAGGACAAGACCCUCAGUUCAAUCUUUAACAUUGAGAUGGUGAAAGACAAAACUGCAGAAGAAAUAAAACAGAUUUGGCAGCAGUAUUUUGCAGCAAAAGAUACAGUCUAUGCAGUUAUUCCUAAAGAGAAGUUUGAUUUGAUCUGGAACCGAGCUCAGUCCUGUCCAACAUUUCUUUGUGCACUGCCAAGAAGGGAAGGUUAUGAGUUUUUUGUCGGGCAGUGGACAGGUACUGAACUCCAUUUCACUGCACUUAUAAAUAUUCAGACCCGAGGGGAAGCUGCAGCCAGCCAGCUGAUUUUGUAUCACUACCCUGAACUUAAGGAAGAAAAGGGCAUAGUGCUGAUGACAGCAGAAAUGGAUUCCACGUUUCUGAAUGUUGCUGAGGCACGGUGCAUUGCCAACCAAGUUCAGCUCUUCUAUGCCACUGAUCGAAAAGAGACCUACGGCGUCAGUACUGUGGACUGAUUUCAUCAAAACUCAUCUUUGGACUCAGCAGUUGCUUGAAAUGCCAGAAAUACGAAAGAAGCUCUCCAGCCCAGGAAACUCAGGUUUGGUUAGUAGUGCCACUGUUGUGGCUCCAAGCUCAGCGGUAGAAGCCGGUGGCGGUUACACACCUGCCUUCUGAACUCGAGGCCCCGGAGCGUGUCCCGCCCCCAGUAUUGUUGUCAGCUGCCUCUAUUAUAACACCUUUCCUUUUCUUCAUCUAACAUGCUCCACUUCGCUGCUCCUGCCUAUGGUCUGGCGAAUGACACAAUAUAGUGAGUGGGAAUUUAACCAGGAUUUGCAGUUUGUGUGUGUGUUUUCUCUAUUACAGGAGACUUUUUAUAAGUUGGGCUUAUAAAAUGGGGGGUUGGACUUCCCAUUAUUUUCUGAGCUGUGGUUAUUUUGCUGUACUUCUGAGUCUGUGUGUAGAAAGAGAUAGUGUUUGUUUAACCUGGAAAAGUUGCUGGUCUUUCACAGUUUCUCUUAAGGUUGAGCUGUUUCCUAAUGCAAGUUCAGGCCUCUGUUCCUGACAGUUAACUUUUUUGAGAAACUUGAGUCUGGAUGUUUGGAGUCCCAGGAAUCUCUGCUAUCAGGUGGAGUUACUUUCAUGGAUAUGUUUCCUUUUCCCUCCAGAUGGACCCAGGCUUUAGCCAUAGUACCUUUCAUAACACCUCCACCAGAAGGUGAGAAAAUGAUGGGGAAAGAAGCCAGAACUGGCUGCUCAUUUUAUUGUUCCUCCCAGCUUUGCCCUGAGUCCCCCACUCGCCAGAGAAGUAUGUAUCCAUGGCCAGUUACUUCGGACAUGAUCAGAGUACCAUCUGGCUGUUCUUUAUAUUUACCUAGCAAGAUCUGGCAAAGAACUAAAAGAAAAUUAUUACAUUACUCAGUCCCCUGGUACAACAUGGUGUUACAGAAAGUGGACAGACUUUACAGUUAAGUGAAUCUAGGUUCAGUGUUGGGAUUCAUUAGCUCCAAAUGUUGAACAAAUUAUUUAAGCUCUCUAAUUCUGUUUCUUUAUCUGUAAAAUGAGAGUAAUAAUAUCUACCUCACAGAAUUAUUGUGAGAAUUAAAUUAACUUAUAUAGAGACUAUAUAGAGCUUAAUAAAUGUCAUCUCCCCUCUUCCUCCCUUCUUGCCCUGCCUCUCACCAAAGGCCAACACAAAUGAGCAUUUCAGAUGUGCAGAUCAUUCUUCAUUCCAGUUUUAUAAGCAAACGGGUUCUCAAACUUUAAUUUGCAGUGGAAUUACCUAGAGCACUUUAGAAUGCAGACUCCCAGGUCCCAAAGCCCAACCUGCUGAAGUGCUGGGAAUCUGCAUUUUAAUAUGUGCUCCAGAUGAUUCUGAUGUAGAUAAUUAGCCAGCCACACUCUGAGGACCACUACCUUAUCUGUUCUUCACAAAAAAUACCCGUUAGCCAGGUCUCUCGUUCCUGUGGACGUGAACCGUAGAAUCCGGUCCCUCUGCUCUUUGCCUCCUGUAGGGUCCCCUCGGCAUACGCUACAUUAUAUUUACUCAUGUACGUAUCUUUCCCCCAGAUGUGAGCUCCUUGAGGGCCAGGGUUUAUCUCCAUUCUCAGCACCAAGGACAUGGUCUGGAACAGAGAAGAUACUCAGGUUUUUGUUAAA